UGCUCAUUAUUUCCGCACUAUUUCUUAAAAUACCCCGGUGCAACGAUGUCCUCACUAACUCGUCUGCUGUUGUUGCUUAGUCUUAUGACUUACUGUUUCGGACAGGACCUAAAGUGUGCAUCGAGUACUAAAUUUCACAUCCCAAAUGUUGAGGGCAACUGGUUCCAAGCGACGGAGUAUUGCAAUUCGAUCGGAAUGCGCUUGGCAGUGAUAACGAACGAUCAGGAUAAUGCCAAUGCGGUUGCACUGGCAAAAUCGGACCGUAAAUACCAGCCCGCCGUUUGGAUCGGUGGAAGUGAUCUCGGCCGGAAAGGUGAUUACUACUGGCAACCAACGGGGGCAAAGUUCAGCUACACCCGCUGGCAACCCGGACAGCCGGAUAACUAUGAGAAUACCGAAGAUUGCACGGAACUUCGAGCCGAUAACAACUGGAAUUGGAAUGAUAGGAACUGCGUGAGUGUGCAGCAUUUCCUGUGUGAAAACGUCGAAUCGAAAAAAGUGACGAUACUGUUUUGAAGGUUUUAAAGUUAAAUCUACCACCCGAUGAGUGGACUAAUAAACCGGAACUUAUAAUUGAUUGUGGUAGCUUUAAAUAUAGAGUCUAGCAUUUCAAAUUUUAGAAUUCAAAGAAAUGCUGACGUUUAAAAUGG